UCUGUCUCGUGAUCACCAAGAGACUGCUAGUGCUAGCAACCUCCAGAUAUAUCUCUCGUCAUCACAGGCGCCCUCUUGAGCACUCCAAGCUUAGCCGCCAUGUCUAGGGUGCUGGAGCCUCUCGUGAUGGGCAAGGUGAUCGGGGAAGUCAUCGACAACUUCAACCCCACGGUGAAGAUGACGGUGACCUACAGCUCCAACAAGCAGGUGUUCAACGGCCAUGAGUUCUUCCCGUCGGCGAUCGUGUCCAAGCCGCGCGUCGAGGUCGGGGGCGACGACAUGAGGUCCUUCUUCACACUGGUCAUGACUGACCCAGAUGUACCAGGGCCUAGUGAUUCAUACCUGAGAGAGCAUCUCCACUGGAUCGUCACUGAUAUUCCUGGAACGACUGAUGCUUCUUUUGGAAGGGAGUUGGUGAUGUACGAGAGCCCCAAGCCCUACAUCGGCAUCCACAGGUUCGUCUUCGCGCUGUUCAAGCAGAAGUGCCGCCAGGGGGUGCGUGCCCCCUCCUCCAGGGACUACUUCAGCACCCGCCGCUUCGCCGCCGAUAACGACCUCGGCCUCCCCGUCGCCGCCGUCUACUUCAACGCGCAGCGGGAGACCGCCGCUCGCCGCCGUUGAUCGAUCACCUGCAGCAACGUACUGCACCAUUACGCAACACUACGUACUGAGUUACUGAGAUCCCAUCAUCUUUGCAUGCCUGGGGCAUGCAAGGCUUAUCAAUCUUUCAACCUAAGCUACUAUUGCUAUUUAGCCUAUCUGGCCAUCAAAUAACCAUAGCUCGCCUUGCGCCGAGCUCGCUCGCUCCUUGUAGAGACUGUUCAGCUCUUCAGUUAAAUUCAGUAGCGGAUCGAUCUGUGUGCGUCAUGUGAUGUACUUGUGGCACUAGUGUGACCAGUUCAGCUCAGCUCCUACACAUGGUGGAGAGGUGAAGGAUCGGUUGUAUGUUGACCGUGUGUCACCGGGAGCUGUUUGAGAGCUGAAGAUCGCCGACGCGUGUCGAGUGUUAAGGGAGGAAAGGGCCGUGGCCAUGGCUCCAGCUAGCUUCUGCUCUGAUGCUCUCCACGGUUACGUUAACUAUACUCUCCUGUUACGCUUGUGUGGCCUGCUUGCUAGCUGCAGCUCAACUUUGCAGCACUCAGUGUACUUGCUCCUGAUCCUUUUUCUCGCUUGCUUUAGCCUGUAAGUUUGUGAUCACUACCUUUGCUGUGACAAG